AUGUAGCUAAAAGCACGGGUUGUAAGAUCGCUCCUGAAAAAUCAACGAAAUUUAGUCGAAAACCGCAAAAUAUCAUACUUUUUAUCUGCACCAUAACAUCUUCACUCCUUGGUGACCAUGACUGACUCCCCUGAUGUCAGUAAAUCGACGCGAAGCGGAAGAAAACGAGGGAAAAACGACCAACCUUCACCAGCUCCCCCAGCAACUGGCGGUGAAAUCCAAGAUGGCUGCCAGUUUUGCCGUGACGCCCUGUCCGAUGUAAACAACAAGCUGGACAAAAUUCUCCAAUCACUUGACAACAUGGGAGUACGUCUUUCCACUCUAGAAGCCAGCUAUCAACAGACAAAUCACCGUGUUGACAUUAACAGCAAGGAGAUUGAUGAUCUGAAAACAUCGGUGGAAAUGGUCGAGGGGAAUUGCCGGUCACUCAAGGAUCUCAUCGACAACAGAAGCCAGUGUAACCACCUGGAAUUCAAUAAACUCGAUGACCAAAUCGAUGACCUCCAAAAUCGAAACCGACGGAACAACAUAGUGAUCCAUGGUAUCCCCGAGAGCGCAGGAAACGGCCAGUCCUGUGAGGAGUUCAUCGGGAAAUUCCUGGCUGACCACAUGAAGCUUGAUGGAGGCUCUGAAAUAGAGAUAGAGCGAGCCCACCGCACUCCUGGACACCGGCCACCAAGCACGGGCCCCAACCAACGCCAACGCCCGCGGCUGAUUCAUUGCAAGCUCCUGCGGUAUACUGACAGGCAACACAUCAUCAAGAACGCCGCUCGCCACCUGAAGAACAACCCAUUCCAAGGCUCCAACAUCUUCAUAAGCGAUGAUGUCACCCAGAGGAUCCGUGAGCAAAGACGUCGACUUAGGGAACAACACCUACAAUCCAUUCGGCAGGACUCACGGGUACAAUUCGCCUACAUCCCCAUGUCAGUACCAGCAGUCAUCAGCUACAAACUCAAGAGCGGUUCAUUCAAGACCUUCAGAAUGGGGCAAUCUAACCUGAUAUCUUAACGCCAUCAAUAAGGUAUAUAACAUCUUGCUUUAGCUACAUUGUAACUUACUACUUAAGUUUACUACUUAAAUAUGGUAACAAUUUCUUUCCUCUUAUUCACAACUACUACCAUCCUUAACAUCACCAAAAUCGUGCAAUAUCUGGCAGAUCACCUUCUUAUAAUAUCAUUUCAAUGUCUCCUUAAGUCACCGAAUAUUUGGGGUUUAGUGCAUAUAAUUAUAACAAAAUAAUGUGUGAAUUUAUGAUCAUUGUCUACCCUAGUAAACACAUCAUCUUCCAUAUUUCAUUGGUAUUGAAACAUGUUCAUAGUUUCAGUAUCUUGUUUACAUUGAAACGUUGCUGUGGACGCCCUUCACUAGCCCUUAGUAACGGCUUUUAUUCUGGCCAUUCCAUUCCAUUA